CUAGGUAUAUAAUGGGCAAAUAUCUAGCGCCAUGUCGGAUCGCGCUCUUGAUACGGCCAAGAGGAGAGCUACCUAUCCUCAUUGAAAUAGGACUACUGACCGCCAUCGGUUUUCACCAAGUUGAUGGGGAGAAAGUUCGUCACAUCAACCCGCCCAACCUCUACCUAAGAUGCCUCUAUUCGGGGGCUUGAUCAUACUAUGGGCUUGUGCUGCAUGGAUGAGCCAGUCGGCAUUAGCUGGACCAAUAUGGUGGAACCCUCACCAUGUCGGCGGAAUACCAAUGCCCAGCGACUUCAGAAAGUUUCAACUCACGUACCAAAAGAACAUCAGGAGAUCCUUGGGGGCAGGUAACUGUACGAACAGCAAUAUUGCUGUUCGGAAGUCAUGGGAUGAGAUUGACAAUGCAACGAGAGUUGACUAUAUCCGAGCUGUACACUGUCUCGCAGCGAAGCCACCAUUGAUGGAUAUGAGACUGGCGCCCGGUGCUGUCAACAGACUUGAUGACUUCACUUACAUCCACAUUAACCAAACAAAUUUCAUCCAUCAAUCAGGCUACCUACUUCCAUGGCAUCGACUAUUCCUUUGGCAGAUUGAGAAGGCGCUCCGCGAAGAAUGCGGAUACAAAGGGUACCUGCCGUACUGGGAUGUCCCACGAUUCUCUGAGGACCAAACCAAGUCCAAGGUCUUCGACGGCUCCAUGACAUCCUUCGGCGGUAACGGCGCAUUCGUGCCCCAUGGCCCAAGGCGGGUUAUCCUGCCUGGCUUAGCCGUACGCAACUUCACUCUACCUAAGCCCGCUGGCACGGGAGGGGGCUGCAUCACGGAUGGUCCUUUCCAGAACUUCACGAUUAGCAUGGGGCCCGUAGCAAAAGUGAUCAUCGACCCAGAGAAUAAAUUUGGUUACAAGCCGAAUCCUCGAUGCCUAUCAAGGGAUUUCUUCGAUGGCGCGAGUAAAGGGGUUAUGAACUGGGCUAAUGCAACGACUAUCGUAGCCUCUAACACUAUGAAGGAGCUGAGGAACAACAUCGAACACCUGUGGCACCUAAACUCCCACACGUUCGUCGGUGGCGAGGCAGCGGAUCCGUUCAGUACUCCUAACGACCCAGUGUUUUAUUUGUUGCAUGCCCAAAUCGACCGCCUCUGGGCGAUAUGGCAAGGCCAAGACUUGGAGCAAAGAACGUAUGCCAUCGAUGGAAACAGGACAUUCCUCGGCCUCGCGAUGGACUACGCCCCUGAUGUGCCGCCGAGCCUAGCGACAAUUGAAGAUCCCAUGGACAUGGGUCUAGGGUGGCAUCCGAAAACUAAAGAGGGGAUGCCAAUGACGGAGAAUGGAAGAUGUUUUAUUUACGAUUAGACGGCAUGGUUAAGCGAUGUUUCCUUAUUCUCUCUAUGAAUUAAUGUCUAUUAGAUACCAUGUACAUACACGAGACACAGAUUAUACACACAACCCCUGGUUACAAGUCACUAGCAA